AUGGAGUACUUUAUUUUGGUCCUUAUUGACAAACUAUUUUCUUGUUCCUCAGAUUCGGCUGGGGAGGCUUUGGUGGCUGUGCUCCUGGUGGUGCCUUCGGAUGUAGAGGUUGUCGAGGAGGUUGGAAUGGAUGCAGACCAGGUGGAGGUAAUAGCUGUGGCGCUUUGCAGCUGCACUGUGGACCACGGCUUUACAAUUGCGGCAGGUCCUGUGGGUAUUGUAACUGCUAGCUUGAGCAGAGGUGAGGAAGCCAGAAGAAGAGUGAUUUGGGUGUUUGUGUGA